AUGACGACCCAAUGGUCCCUUGACUUUUGCCUGGUCUGCGACCGACAAACCAUGGGAGCUCCUUACUGCACUCAGUCAUGCAGGAUGGCCGAGCUAGAUAUCACCGUCCCUAAGUCCGGGGAAUCCUCUGGCCCAAAGACACACGGCGGGUCAACAGGUGCACGGGCGAAUUCAACAGCGACGAGUCUGUCAAAUGCACCCGAUCAACAUGGUAAGGUAGUUUUCAUCAUACUUCUACCUCUGAGAGCUCCAUGUAUAAGAUGUCUCUCGUCAUAUGAUAAUCUCCUGACCCUCAAAUCCAACCCUUCCAAAGCACUGACAAUAUCAGCUCCUUUUGAAAACGAAUUACGCCACUAUGCAGGAUGCUUUGACCAACUUCGCCAUUCAAGAAGGCCCUAG